AUGGCGGUGAUGGGCCCCUCGUGGCCGCACUCCGAUUCGUCGUUCGACUCGUCGCAACACUGGCUGGCGAAUCCUAGCGAUUCGCAGAACGUACCCCCGGCAACGCCCGAUUUUCAUCGCCCACAUCGCUCGCUCGCCUCCCCGCCUAACGCGGCCAGCGCUCCUGCUGAGACUGACGUGGCUGGUUCCCUUCGGGCGAACCGGCUUUUAAGGAUCCCGCCUGUGGCGCCGCAACGCACGCUUCCCGGACUAAACAUCGCUCCAAAGAAGGCGAAUAAGAAAGCCCUGGUUCACCGCGGGCCGGAUGGGUCGGUCCCAGUGCAGAUUAACGCGGGAAAGGCGCCGGUUUUCACGGUGGAGAAGGCGCGGAAGCUGCGGGAGAUGCUGAAGGAAUCGGAGACGCAUCACGACACGAUCAUGGCGGCGUUUGCGCAAGACGCGGCGGCGGGUGCGGCUCCGUCUACCGGGGCAGAGGCCAUUCAACCCGCGCGUCGGUUCGCCAAGGCGCCUGACUACUCGCUCAUCACGCCUAUCCUCUACGCGCCUCUCUUCCCACUAAUACGCAUCACGCUGCGCCACAAGCCCAAGCUGAGGGACCGACUCUUCGUGACUGCUGUGGCCAGCGCGUUCCUGCACGGCGCAUACAUGAACUACCGAUUCUAUAAUGCAGAGAGCUAUCAACAAUCACAAAGAACCUGA